UGAGACUUGUGCCRUUCUCUCACUGGUUUGUCUCAUCACAGAUCCUGAAAGACCAGAGUGUAACCACCUGCCACAAAGGAGGCUGGACUCCACAAGCUACUCCAGUAGCUCAUAGAUGUUGACAAGUGUAUGCUUCUUCCAGCUUCGCUCUGCCCCUGAGACAUAGUAUGGAAGCCAUUGCUAAGUUUGAUUUCACUGCUUCUGGAGAAGAUGAGUUGAGCUUCCAGGCUGGGGAUAUGUUGAAGAUCUUGAGCUCCCAGGAAGAGUGGUACAAGGCUGAGCUCAGAAGUCACGAGGGCUACGUUCCUAAGAACUUCAUUGAUUUCCAUGUACCCCCCUGGUUUGAUGAGAAGAUAUCCCGCCACGAAGCAGAGAACUUUCUCAUGAGCAAAGGAGUUGGCUGCUUCAUUGUCCGAGCCAGUCAGAACUCUCAUGGUGACUUUUCCAUCUCUGUCAGGCAUGAAGAUGAUGUGCAACACUUCAAAGUGAUGAGGGAUUCAAAGGGUAACUAUUACUUGUGGACAGAGAAAUUUCACUCGCUAAACAAGCUAGUGGACUACUACAAGACAACUUCUAUCUCCAGGCAGAAGCAAAUCCUCCUCAGGGACAACAGCCAAGACGAGAAGGAGAGGUGUGGUGGGAGCCUAGAACGGAUAGGUCAGGAAGGAUUCCACCUGGGAGGAGCAGCUGGAGAGGAUCAUUCUUCURUGUCCAAGAGAUAUGUAGAGCAUCCUAUCCCCAUACUGCAGCAGCAACAGGAAAGAUAUGGUGGGAGUCUGGACAGGAAAGAUGUGCUGCAUGGACUAAGGGAUCAUGGCCAAGGAAGUGCAGGCGCUAUGCAACGGAGACACACAGACCCACUGCACCAACAGACACCGCGAACGCUGUGGGUCUGUGCCUUGUACGACUUUGAUGCUAUGGAGCACGAUGAGCUGGGCUUCCGCAGUGGAGACAUCAUAGAGGUCCUGGACAGCUCCAACCCAUCCUGGUGGAAAGGACGCCUGCAUGGGGAACUGGGUCUCUUCCCUGCUAACUAUGUCACAUUCCUGUGAGGGCACAGUGUGGCCCAGAGGGGUGUGCUGCAGCUGCUCUUCUGACAUGACAGGGACAGAGGAGUGCAUCUUCCCUUGCCACCAGGACAUACAUUGGUUUUUGUUUUGUCUUAAUUUAUUGGCAAUUCAUCUUUUGGAAUGUUGGUAUGAAAGAGAACCCUUUUGAAGAAGAUUAAGAAUUUUUUCCCUUAUUUUUUCUCUCUGAUGAAGGGGAGGGAGCAAAAAUCUUGGAUGGUUCAUUGAGACCUUGCUGGAUCCUCCCUGCUCUUUCACCUCUUUGGCUAACUGCUGAUAAGUUCCUGCAAUUAGCUUGUUCUGUGGAAAUGCACCUCAGAAAAGUCAGGCUUCAGGUUAACUUCAAGUUCAGUAUUCAGGUAGUCCUAUCCCACCAUUUUGGGUCUUGUAGCACUCCUUGUCUCUUYGGGCUCCAUUCCACCUUUCUUUCAGAGGCAGGAUGAACACCCACGUGAAUUAAAUGGUCAUUGGUAACCACAUUAAUCCUUCAGUUAGGGAAGGAAAGUGAUGGAGCUUUAGGUUGAAGUUGAGGCUUACCCAUCUCACACUGUGUGUAUGGACUGUAUGGAUAUACCAGAUGAAGGGAGAGAAUACUGUAAGCUUUUGUACAAACAUACAAGUGAUGAAGGUAUGGGAGGGCAAGAAGCUACUUCCUUUGCUUCUGCUGAUAGUCCUGCCCUUCUUUCYGCACCUUGUAACAACUUACCCCAUUUUCAAGCUGCUCUCUUAGGUACCUACACUUCUGCUUAGAUAGCCUGAUUAGAGCUGAUCAGGGCCUUCAGCUGAAUUAUUAUCCACUGGAUUGGAUAACAGUCAAUAUCCCUCAGUGGUUAAUUUUGUAAAACUGAAUUGGGGAGGGUUGGAAAGAAGAUGUUUUUCCAGUUUCGUGUCAGAAAUUAUUUCCCUGAGAACUUGCUGUGUUGAGGAUCACUGUGUAUACAAAUCUGCCUUACUAGAGAAAUACCUCAUCCAACAGRUUAAGCUGUUACUUUACAGUAUCCAGAAAAUAAAGCUGUAGCCAUCAAA